UCGAAAGAGUCCCCCAAGUUGAUGCUCAGAUAUGAAAUUUUUCAUUGUGCUACUGCUCUGCUGCAGUUCAUUCUCGAGCAGAGCCAGCCCACUCCCCUCUGAGGAUGUAGACUGUGACCAUCCUGAAGUCUUCGAAGCUGUUGAUCUAGCCCUCAGAAAAUAUAAUGGUGACAAAGCGGAUGGCAACCAGUUCGCUUUGUACAUGGUGACGGAUGCCCAGCGAACCGCAGGUCCUGGCGCACAGUUCUUUGUGAAGUAUCAAAUAAGAGAGAGCACUUGUGCCAUUGGGGAAGGCAAAGCCUGGCAAGACUGUGAUUACAACGCAUCUGUGGAAGCUGAAACAGGAGAAUGUACAGCUGAAGUUUACAUUGACAAGACCCAGAAAAUCAGUAAUGUUUCACAGGAAUGUAAAAUCAUCCCAGCUGCAGGAAAAGUGACU